AUGCUAUAUCAUUGGUUUGGUUUGUUUGUUAACGGCAUAUUCAACCUCAAUGGGUUAUUCAUAAUUCGACAAAUCUAUCUAUCAUCUAUCUAUCUAUGUAUCUAUCUAUCUAUCUAUCUAUCUAUCUAUCUAUCUAUCUAUCUCUACAGUACAUAUGGGUUUGGUUUGGUUUUGUUUUACGGCAUAUCAACCCUCAAUGGGUUAUUUAAUGCCGACUCUUCCAUAUCUAUCUAUCUAUCUUUGUCUCUCUAUCUAUCUAUCUAUCAUCUAUCUAUCUAUCUAUCUCAGUACAUAUGGUUUUGGUUUGUUUGUUUUACGGCAUAUCAACCCUCAAUGGGUUAUUUAAUGCAUCGAUCAUCUUCAUCUAUAUAUCUAUCUAUAUCUAUCAUAUGGGUUUGGUUUGUUUAUUUUUUACGGCAUAUCAACCUCAAUCUAUUUCUAUCAUAUCUAUCUAUCUAUUUUAUCUAUCUAUCUAUCUAUCUAUCUAUCUAUCAUAUCUAUCUAUCUCUAUCUAUCUAUCUGUCUAUCUAUCUAUCUAUCAUCUCAGUACAUAUGGGUUUGGUUUGGUUUGUUUUUUACACAUCAACCUCAAUGGGUUAUUUAAUGCCGACUCUUCAUAUCUAUCUAUCUAUCUUUGUCUAUCAUCUAUCUAUCUAUCUAUCUAUCUAUCUAUCUAUCUAUCUAUCUCAGUACAUAUGGGUUUGGUUUGUUUGUUUUUACGGCAUAUCAACCUCAAUGGGUUAUUUAACGCCGACUCUUCAUAUCUAUCUAUCUUUUUCUAUUCAUCUAUCUAUUAUCUAUCCAUCUAUCUAUCUAUAUAUCUAUCUAUCUCAGAUUGGGUUUGGUUUGUUUUGUUUUACGAUAUAUCAACCCUCAAUGGGUUAUUUAAUGCCGACUCUUCACAUCCAUCUAUCUAUCUUUGUCUCAUUCAUCUAUCUAUCUAUCUAUCUAUAUCUAUCUAUCUAUCUAUCUAUCUGGUUACAUAUGGGUUUGGUUUGGUUUGUUUUACGGCAUAUCAACCUCAAUGGGUUAUUUAAUGCCGACUCAUUUAUCUAUCUAUCUAUCUAUUCAUCUAUCUAUCUAUCUAUCUAUCUAUCUAUUCAGUACAUAUGGGUUUGGUUUAUUUUGUUUUACGGCAUAUCAACCUCAAUGGGUUAUUUAAUGCCGACUCUUCACAUCUAUCUAUAUCUUUGUAUCUAUCUAUCUAUCUAUCUAUCUAUCUAUCUAUCUAUCUAUCUCAGUACAUAUGGGUUUGGUUUGAUUAUUUAUUUAUUUAUCUAUCUAUCUAUCAUCUAUCAAUCUAUUACAUACAUACAUUUUUGGUUUGGUUUGUUUGAAUACAAUAUCAACCUCAAUGGGUUAUUUAAUGCCGUUUCUUCAUAUUACAUCUAUCUAUCUUUGGGGUUAUUUAAUCUAUCUAUAUUUCUAUCUAUCUAUCUAUCUAUCUAUCUAUCUAUCUCAGUACAUAUGGGUUUGGUUUGUUUGUUUUACGGCAUAUCAACCUCAAUGGGUUAUUUAAUGCCGUCAAUACAUUAUCUAUCUAUCUUUUGUCUCGAAUCUAUCUAUCCAUCUAUAUCUAUCUAUCUAUCUAUCUAUCUAUCUAUCUCAGUACAUAUGGGUUUGGUUUGGUUUGUUUUACGGCAUAUCAACCUCAAUGGGUUAUUUAAUGCCGACUCUUCAUAUUCAUCUAUCUAUAUUUGUUCUCUAUCUAUCUAUCUAUCUAUCUAUCUAUCUAUCUAUCUCAGUACAUAUGGAUCUAUCUUUGUCUCCAUCUAUCUAUCUAUCUAUCUAUCUAUCAUCCAUCUAUCUAUCUAUCUCACUGAAACUCUUCAUAUAUCUAUCUAUCUAUCAUUUUUUGUCUACAUCUAUCUAUUUAUCUAUCUGGGCAUCUAUCUAUCUAUCUAUCUCAGUACAUAUGGGUUUGGUUUGGUUUUGUUUUGGCAUAUCAACCUCAAUGGGUUAUUUAAUGUAAAACUCUUCAUCUAUUCAUCUAUCCAUCUUUGUCUCUAUUCAUUCAUCUAUCUAUCUAUCUAUCUAUCUGUUUAUCUAUCUAUCUAUCUAUCUAUCUAUCAAAUGGAUUCAUCUAUCUAUCAUCAUACAUAUGGGUUUGGUUUGUUUGUUUUACGGCAUAUCAACCUCAAAGGGUUAUUUAACCCGACCUUCAUAUUCAUCUAUCUAUCUUUGUCUCAUCUCAUUCUAUCUAUCACAUCUAUCUAUCCAUCCAUCUAUCUAUCCAUCUAUCUAUCUAUCCAACAGUACAACUUUUUGUUUUACGGCACUAUCAACCUCAAUGGGUUAUCUUUAAAUAUUUACUCUUCAUAUCAUAUCUAUCUAUCGUUUGUCUCUAUCCAUCCAUCUAUCCAUCUAUCCAUCCAUUCAUCUAUCUAUCUAUCCAGCACAUAUGGGUUUGGUUUGGUUUGUUUUACACAUCAACCCCCACCACAUUUUUUAAUGCCGUCUCUUCACAUCUAUCUAUCUAUCUUGUCCCAUCCAUCUAUCCGGAUCUAUCUAUCCAUCUAUCAUAUCUAUCAUCUAUCUAUCUAUCUAUCAUCUAUCUAUCUCAAAAUCCAUCUAUCUAUCCAUCUAUCUCAGUACAUAUGGGUUUGGUUUGGUUUGUUUGACGGCAUAUCAACCUCAAUGGGUUAUUUAAUGCCGACUCUUCAUAUCUAUUCAUCUAUCUUUGUCUCAUCUAUCUAUCUAUCUAUCUAUCUAUCUAUCUAA